AUGGUUGAUGACGGGAGGAUGGCAUCAUCUUUGUACCAGAGUCUGUCCGGAUCAAUCAAAGCUGACCCCCCCAUCUGUCCGCAGCAGGACUCGACCGCCCGCAGCCUUCCAGUCCCGGCUCCCUCCGCCUCCUGCCCCAGCCCAGCCCGCGGCGCGCAGCGGCAGCAGGCGGCCGGCGGCAUGAAGCUGGAGGCGGUGAUGGAGAACCUGCAGCGGCAGCAGGCGGCGCGCCUCGCGUUGGAGGACAAGCUGCGGAAGGCGGAGAAGGAGAAGGACCUCCGGUCUAUGGAGUCCCAGAUCCAGCAGCAAGCACUGGCUUUCCGUCACUACCAGGCGGCGAUGCGCAGCUCUCUGGCCGCCGGAGUCGGCUGCUCGUCCGUGGGGAUGAUGAUCCCUUACCCGGAGGACGGGACCUGCGAACCGGGCUCCGAUGGUAAGGAGCGAGGAGAGGAGGAGGAAGGGGAGGAGGAGCUGCAUGGCAUGGAGCUUAUGAGGGAGGAGGAAAGUGACGAUAUUGGGCCGAACCGGCACCAGCACCGACCGUCCGCGCUCCAAGGAGCGUGCCCGUCUCCGAGGAGCGGUUCGCUGCAGUCUCCACAGAACCAGAACCACCACGAGUGGACCUACGAGGAGCAGUUCAAGCAGCUGUACGAACUGGAUGAUGACGAAAAGCGUAAAGAGUUUCUGGAUGACCUGUUCAGCUUCAUGCAGAGACGUGGGACUCCAGUGAAUCGGAUUCCUAUCAUGGCCAAGCAGGUGUUGGAUCUCUACAUGCUCUACAAGCUUGUCACAGAAAAAGGUGGCUUAGUAGAAGUCAUCAAUAAAAAGAUAUGGCGGGAGAUUACUAAAGGCCUCAACCUCCCCACUUCCAUAACCAGCGCGGCGUUCACACUCCGAACACAGUAUAUGAAGUACCUGUACCCAUAUGAAUGUGAGAAGCAAGGACUGAGCUCCCCUGGCGAGCUCCAGGCCGCCAUUGACAGCAACCGACGGGAGGGCCGGCGGCAGAGCUACAGCUCUGUCAUCUUCAAUUACUCUCCGGUGGGAACCCCCAACCUCCAGACCCAGUUACCCAUGAUCCCUCACAGCAGCAGCCUUGUUUCCCAGACAACUGAGGUCAAGACAGAGGAGCCUAUGAUGGCCAGCUUCUUGCCCAGCAGGGUGGUCCUCCCCAUGGUCCCCAGCAGCCACCAUGCAGCAGCCAUGACGACCCAGGUCGCUGCAGCUCAGACUGCAGCUCUGGAGGAGCUCAGAGAGAAACUGGAAAGAGGCGAACCACCACAUAAGAAGAUGAUCAUGGUCACAGAGGAGCAGCAGAAGAUCAUGGAGCAUGCCCUGCAGCAGAAGCUGUUGGCAAUGGCCACCCAACUGCCCCUUAACAUCAAACUUAAUAACAGAGAUGAUAGACAAGAGACUGCAUUGAACCUGUCUACCAGCGGCAUUAGCAGCAUCAACAUGUCAAUAGAAAUAAAUGGAGUUGUCUACACAGGAAUCCUGUUUGCUCGGCAGAUGGCGAUCACAGGGAUGACAGGACACCACGGGAAACACAACAGAUGUACGACUCAGGCAAAGUCCAGUCCUCCGUAUUUCCAGCCCGCCUGCUCCUCAUCCUCAGUCCCUGGACACAGAAACUCCUCCCCCUGACCUCCCCGUCCAAUAACUGUUCAGGAUGGUCACCCAUCUGAAUGCGUGACCAAAGUUUGACUGGAUCAGAUGAAGAACACCUCUUCUUCCAGUUAACAGAGAUGUCAUUUGAACAGUUCAUCUGUGGCAAGAAACAAGUUUUUUAAACUCACCACUUCCAGUGGAUACCAAAGAAGAUAGAAUGUUUGCUGCUUCAACUCCUCGGCGAGCCUCACACCAACCCGACCCAAAGGCUACAGCAUGAAAACAUGUUGACUUUCAUUCAGUGCGGUCCUCACCGGCCUCUGAUCACUCACAUCACAAAGACUGAUGUAUACAAGACAGCAGAGCUGGAGUUUCAUGUCAGUCCAUCAGCUUCCUGUCACACAUAUGUUGGGAGGAGAAACCACCUGGAAACCAGAUUACUAACCAGCUUUACCAGUCUGCAAAACUGGUUUUAACUGGUUAGUUCAGACCAUCAACCAGCAGUAUGAAGCAGUUUAUGUUACAGCUCACAAGAAGCUUCAUCAGUACCACCAUUGCUCCAGCUGUCUGCCAAAGACGACAGACAUUUGAUCUGUUUCUGUUCUGCAGCCACUUCAAUCAGUUUUACUCCAAAACAUCAGAUUUUCUUUAUGUUAAACCAAAGAAGGGAGUUCUUAGUGACACAUAUCUACCUCACUUAAUAUAAAAUGUGCCAACAAGCAUGUCCACAGUCAGGAGUUUUAUAAACGU